AUAGUAUAUUUUAAAAAAUGAAUUUUAGCACAAAAUAUAGUCAUUUUUCUCUCUUCCUUUUUUGGGCCACAUGGCCCAAUUCCUGAUACCUUCUUUCCCCUUCAGCUAUCUAAGAGUUACAUUUGCCUCUAUUUUUUCGAAACCGCCGUAGAGACGCCGCAUCGCCGCCGGACGGCUGCUAUCACUGCCGUUGGGCCGUGAUUUUUUGCCGCCUCCAGAAAUUGCGACGCAACGGCAGAUUGCGUAGCGCCUAGGGGUCGCUACGGUGCUUUCGACGCUAUUAACUUCAAAGGGCUUUUAUUAUUUAAGAAUUGUGGUAUUGCUUCCUUGCACAAAGACAAAGCCACCAGGUGUAUGAUAGUUUGCUUGUGAGAAGAAAGAGCACAUUUGUAUAUAAACUUUUUUCGUGCAAUAUGGCAAACAGCAAAUAUGAAUAUGUCAAGUGUUUUGAACUUGAGGAUGAGGUGAUGUUUCCGAAUUUCAUCGUUGUUUGGAUCGCUGCUUCUAAACAUCACAAACCUUAUAAUGUAAAUGAUUUGAAUUUGAUGAACUCUUGUGCUGUUGCGGUGCUUGAAGAAUAUGCAGAUGUAGUUCUUGCAUAUGGGUUUCGUGAUGAGUAUACCUUUGUUUUUAAGAAGACCACCAAGUUCUAUGAAAGGCGUGCUAGCAAAGUAUUAUCCAUUAUUUCUUCUUUUUUCUCAUCUGUAUUUGUGAGAAAAUGGCGUAAAUUCUACCCACAGAAGGAACUACUUUCUCCACCUUCCUUCCAUGGGAAAGUCGUAGCUUGUGCAUCCAUAGAUGCCCUUCAAGCAUACCUUUUGUGGAGGCAAAAUAUCUGUCAUUUGAACAAUCAAUAUGAUCAAUGCUUUUGGCGACUUGUCGAACGCGGAAUGAGUGAGACAGAAGCACAUGAUUUCAUCAAUGGUGCUAAGAAACGCGACUUAAAUGAUAUUUUGUUUGACGAGUUCAAUGUCAAUUACAAUACACUGGAUCCAAUAUUCCGACAAGGUUCCUGUGUUUUAAAGACAAUGGUAGGGGAUGUGGUGAAGUUCGCAGAAAAUGGUGCUCCGAUUGAAAGGCAAAGGAGAAAGAUAAUCACAGUGCAUUCCAAGAAAAUAGCAAGCACAAGAUUUUGGAAUGAGCAUAGUAUUCUUUUGAAGGAGCUUGGUGUUUUUGUGGAGGAGAUUAACAAUGUGAAACCGGAGUAUGUGAGGUCCUUUGAAUUUGACAGCAAGUUGAUGCCAUCUACAUGGGUUGUAGUUCGGAUCGAUGGAUGCCACUUCCACAGAUUUUCUGAGAUACACGAAUUUGUGAAACCAAAUGAUGAAAGAGCUCUUAACUUGAUGAAUUCAUGUGCAGUGGCUGUCUUGGAAGAAUUUAGGCAGGAUAUAGUUUUUGCUUAUGGGGUUAGCGACGAGUACAGUUUCAUUCUUAAGAAAUCCACUAAUCUUUAUCAAAGGAGAGCUAGUAAAAUCAUUUCAGCUAUUGUGUCUUUCUUUACAUCCACUUAUGUGAUGAGAUGGAAAGAUUUCUUCCCUCAAAGUGAGUUAAACUACCUUCCAUCUUUCGAUGGACGAGCAGUGUGCUAUCCAUCUGCCGAGAUCGUACGAGACUAUCUGUCGUGGAGGCAAGUCGAUUGCCACAUAAACAAUCAAUAUAACUCUUGUUUCUGGAAGCUUGUUGCAUCUGGAAAAAGCAAAAGGGAAGCUCAACGUAGUUUAAAGGGCGCACAACUGCAGAAGAAAAUCGAGGAAUUGGCUAUUGACUACAACCAAUUGCCAGUGAUGUUCCGACAAGGAUCCUCAGUUUUUUGGGAUAGGGUAGACAAUGUUCUCAUCUAUCAGGAGAAUGGAAAGUCUUCUGAAAGUUAUGGAAAUGUCAUUGUAGAACAUAUUGACAUCAUUGGUUCAUCAGCCUUUUGGUUACAACACCCAGACAUCCUUGAUGAAAAGCUAUAUGUGUGGAAGAAAUGUUGAGUUGGUGUAACAUUGUUUUAUUUUAGUUUGUGUAAUAUUCUUGAGUUCAUAAUUGCAUUUUCUUAUUUAAGAUAAUAACUUUGUUUUAUUUUAGUUUGGUGUAACAUUCUUGAGUUUAUAAUAACAUUUCUUAUUUAAGAUAAUGAAAUUGGGAAGUACUAUAUGCGUUUUAUUA